CUUACAUCAACAUAUACAUACAUACAUAUAUAUAUAUAUAUUGAUAUUGCAGUUCUUGAUCAUCUUCAACAUCGUUCAUUAAUGGCUUCCAGGGCCCUGUCCUUCCUCAUCUUCCUGGCCCUGUCUUGCCGGGGAGAAACAGACCACAAUCCACCCACCCCACCUCAAUUCUUCGACCUCAUCAAGAAAUCCAUGUCGGGAAACUUCCUGUCCCAAUGGACCUCCCAAAUCCAUUACUGCAACUUCUCCGGUGUCGCCUGCGACCGCCGCCGCCGCGUCCUCCGCCUCGACAUCGCCGGAAAUUCCCUGUCCGGCCACUUCCCCGCCGGCGUUUGCUCCUACCUCCCCACCCUCCGCGUCCUCCGCCUCGGCCACAACUCCUUCUCCGGCGAAUUCCCUGCCGGCGUCGCCACCGGCUGCUCCUCCCUGGAAGAGCUCAGCCUCACUUCCUUACACCUCACCGGCCCACUCCCGGACCUCUCCCCCCUCAAAUCCUUACAGGUCCUGGACCUCUCUUACAACCAAUUCUCCGGCGGCUUCCCCGUCUCCGUCGCCAAUUUGUCCGAUCUCCGGCGACUGAACAUGAACGAAAACGAUGGAUUUCAGUUUUGGGAGCUGCCAGAGACCUUUUUACAGCUUACGAAACUCGAAUCGAUGAUCCUGUCGACUUGUAAUAUCCGGGGAACAAUUCCAGGCUUCAUCGGAAACAUGACUUCUUUAAUCGAUCUCGAGCUCGCCGGAAACUUCCUGUCGGGGCGGCUCCCGCCGGAGCUCGGCCUGUUGCGGAAUCUCGAAACGCUCGAGCUUUACUACAACAUGGAGCUCGCCGGAGAAAUUCCAGGCGAGAUCGGAAACCUGACAGGCCUGAAAAAUCUAGACAUGUCGGUAAACCGAUUCUCCGGUCGAUUGCCAGAAUCAAUUUGCCGCCUCCCCCGGCUACAAGUCUUGCAGCUUUACAACAACAGCCUCGUCGGAGAGAUUCCGGAAGUUCUCGCGAAUUCGACAACGUUAGCGAAUUUGUCGCUUUACGACAACUUCUUGACCGGAAAAAUCCCGAAUCUCGGAACGCUGUCGCCCCUGAUCGGCCUCGAUUUGUCGGGAAAUCACCUGUCGGGAAAUCUUCCCGAUGGCCUGUGUCGUCGAGGCCGUCUUCGAUUCCUCCUCGUUCUUCAAAAUAUGCUCACCGGCAAAAUCCCGGAAAUCUACGGCGAAUGCAAGUCGAUUUUCCGGUUCCGUAUUAGCGACAACCGUUUCCACGGGAGGAUCCCCGACGGCGUCCUGUCGCUUCCCGCCGCGACGAUUAUCGAUCUGGGAUACAAUAACUUGACAGGCUCAAUUUCUGGCAACAUCCGCGGCGCGGAAACCUUGUCGGAGCUUUUCUUGCAGGGAAACCGGCUGUCAGGAUCGAUCCCACCGGAAAUCGCCAUGGCGGCAAAGCUCGUGAAAAUCAAUCUCAGCGGCAAUCGUCUCUCCGGCCCGAUUCCUUCGGACAUCAGCAAGCUCGAACGCCUGAAUCUUCUGUUCUUACAGGACAACCUCCUCGAUUCGUCGAUACCGGAAUCGCUGUCCUCCCUGAAAUCGCUCAACGUCCUUGAUCUUUCCGGCAAUUCCUUAACGGGCCAAGUCCCGGAAUCCCUCGCCCGGUUGCUUCCGAACUCCCUCAACUUCUCCGACAACCGACUCUCCGGCCCAAUCCCGGAUUCGUUCGUAAAAGGGGGAGUUUUGGACAGUUUCCGGGGAAAUCCAGGACUCUGUCUGCCGCCGCCGCAGGCGGCAGCAGCCUAUUCAAACCCGCAUUUCCCGGUCUGUCAGGGAUUGUCGUCGAAGACGACACCGAACUGCAUUUGGCUGAUUGCGGUCGUUGUCGGGAUACUGAUAAUUGGGGCGAUUACCGUCGUCAAGAGCUGGUCGAGCCGGAAACGGGAAGCCGCGGAAACCGACGAUCACAACACGUUAUCAUCAUCGUACUUCUCGUACGACGUCAAGAGCUUCCACCGGGUGAGCUUCGACCAGCGCGAGAUCAUCGAGGCGAUGGUUGAGAAGAACAUCAUCGGCUACGGCGGAUCCGGGACUGUCUACAAGAUCGAGCUCCACAACGGCGAAAUCCUCGCCGUGAAAGAGCUCUGGUCGCGGCGGGGCGUGAAGGACCCGACGCCGCGCAACGACGACCGUCUCGUCGUCCUCGACCAGGAGAUGAAGACAGAAGUCGAGACGCUUAGCGGCAUCCGGCACAAGAACAUCUUGAAGCUCUAUUGCUACUACUCCGGCCUUGACUGCAGCCUCCUCGUCUACGAGUACAUGUCGAACGGCAACCUUUGGGAUGCCCUCCACGUCGGGAAGCUCGUACUUGAUUGGCCGACGAGGUACCAAAUUGCCGUCGGGAUCGCGCAAGGCUUGGCCUACUUGCACCACGACCUAGUCCCGCCGAUCGUCCACCGCGACAUAAAGUCGACCAACGUAUUGCUUGACGUCGACUACCAACCGAAAGUUGCCGACUUCGGGAUCGCGAAAGUCCUCCGCGCCCGCGGAUCGAAGGACUCAUCCAACACCGUAAUCGCCGGGACUUACGGAUACUUAGCGCCCGAGUAUGCGUAUACUUCGAAGGCUACGACAAAAUGCGACGUGUACAGCUUCGGGGUGGUGCUGACGGAGCUCGUGACGGGGAGAAAGCCGGUGGAGGCGGAGUUCGGGGAGAGCGAAAAUAUCGUAUGUUGGGUUAGCGGAAAAACGUCGUCUCCGACGACAGAUGGGCUCAAGGAGGUCGUCGAUAAACGGGUCCUUUCGGGACCCGACGACGAGAAGGAUAUGAUCAAGGUCCUCCGAGUGGCCAUACGGUGCACGUGUCCGACGCCCGGCCUCCGGCCGGCGAUGAACGAGGUGGUGCAGCUGCUGGCGGAGGCGGACCCUUGCCGGAGAGACGGCGGCGGUGGCGGUGGCGGGAAGUUGUGGAUAAAAACUUGACAAACAAAGGGGUUACCAAAUAAAGAAAGUAGAGCCAUUUUAGGAAUGGCAAGUACAUAUUGAGGAGGGUAUUUACACUUUGGUAUUUUGCUUUUGGCAAUGUUAUGCAUGAGAAUAUUUUUGUAUGAAAUAAACCUCACUUUCACUUUAAUUUGGAAGGGACUUUUUGUUUUGUAAUUUGAUUUGUCAACAAUCGAAAUAGAAUCUUGGAAAGUAACUUAAAGCAAAAGUGGGCUAUUCAG